UUUUAACAAUGACUUCCUGCUACCAGCCAGCUCCAAUGAAAAUGAUCUUCCUUUAAUCUAAAGAACAGGCAUAUAACUGGCAGAACCGGAUUCUCCAGGUGUCAAGUAAGCAAUCUGUUCUCAUUUGCUAUUAACAGCAAAAGCACAGCUUUAUCUCUUAACUUAUUUGACUUCAUUAUUUGGCUUUCAAUUAAGAAUGUGAAAACCAUACAGAAAUUAGCUUAUGACUUAUAAGAUAUGUAAGUAAUUUAAUGAAAACAUUACAUGAGAUGAUAUUCAGAUUUUCUUGCAAGACAGGACUCCAACACCACAGGUGAAAAAGCAACAGAAGGAACAAGACAAAAAGGAAGAAAGAGAAGAUGAAAGACCGCCUUCAAGAACUAAAGCAGAGAACAAAGGAAAUUGAACUUUCUAGAGAAAGUCAUGUGUCAACUACAGAAGCAGAGGAACAAGGAGUGUUUCCUCAGCAAGCUGUUAUUUAUGAAAAAGAGCCUGUAGCUGAGAGACAUCUACAUGAAAUCCAGAAACUACAGGAGAGUAUAAACAAUUUGGCAGAUAAUGUUCAAAAAUUUGGGCAACACCAGAAAACUCUGGUGGCUUCAAUGAGAAGGUUUAGUCUACUUAAAAAAGAGUCUAGCAUUACAAAGGAGAUAAAAAUCCAAGCAGAACUCAUUAACAGAAGUUUGGAUGAUUUAAUUAAAGAAGUUAAAAAGUCAGAAGCUGAAAAUGGCCCAUCAUCAGUGGUCACAAGGAUACUUCAAUCUCAGCAUGCUGCGAUGUUCCGCCAUUUUCAGCAAACCAUGUUUAUAUACAAUGACACAAUAGCAGCAAAGCAAGAGAAGUGCAAGACAUUUAUUUUCCGUCAGCUUGAAGUUGCUGGAAAAGAGGUGCCUGAAGAAGAAGUAAAUGACAUGCUUCAUCAAGGAAAAUGGGAAGUCUUUAAUGAAAGCUUACUUACAGAAAUCAAUAUCACUAAAGCACAGCUUUCAGAGAUCGAACAGAGACACAAGGAACUUGUUAAUUUGGAGAACCAAAUAAAGGAUUUAAGGGAUCUUUUCAUUCAGAUAUCUCUUUUAGUAGAGGAACAAGGAGAGAGCAUCAACAAUAUUGAAAUGAUAGUGAAUAGCACAAAAGAAUAUGUUAACGAUACUAAAGAAAAAUUUGGACUAGCUGUAAAAUAUAAAAAAAGAAAUCCUUGCAGGAUAUUGUGUUGUUGGUGCUGUCCAUGCUGUGACUCAAAAUAAAGAAGUUAUUUUA